GUUUGUGGUUUUCAAAUGUUGUUAUUCCCAGUGCUCGAGUGAUUUUUUUAAUAUAUAUCUGUAUCUAUCAUAAGUUCUUUUUAUUUAACUGAACGUGUAAUGUCACAUUUCAAGGCUUGGUUUAAUUUGCAACACAUUCGGGGGAAACUGCUUCUCAUUUUUCCAGUUCACAAAAGGCCACGUCACCUCGGGACAGCCACGCUCGUUCACCAUCCGAUGACCCAAAGAUGUUCUUGUAUUUGUGAUUCGGCCAGCUGUCCAGCUGACGCAGCUGACAGCUUAUAAAUCAGAUUUCCCCCCAUUCAUCCCUCACUCACAGCUCUAAAAAUAAAAUAAUAAAAAAAAGACGAUAAUCCGUGAAAUAAUUCGAUCCGAUCUCUUAAAACUAUGUUAAAAAUGAUUGGGGUCAAAACAGUUGACCCACCCAAAAUAAACACACCCAGGUAGAAAAUGUUGAUCAAAAUAAAAGAAAAAGAUUAUAUCUUUAUAAAUGUAAAUCUUUCCAAAGGGUCUAUUUAAAAUGACAGUCAGGCGAGCUUGUGUAAACAGGUUUACCUCAGGACAGUAAAAGUAAGUGCUCUCUCGUCUAAUUAGUUCGUCCUAAAUCUCUUAGAGACAUGAAAUCAUCCCGGCAACAAUCCACCCAAAUCUCCCUCCUCACUCUGUGCAGCUAAAUUAGCCCACAUGGCCUUGAUCUCCACAACCACGUAUCCCUAAAAAGACAUUGUUAAUAAUUACAUAAGUUGGGUGGAGUGGGCAUGUGUUAAAAAAAAAGCUUUUUAAAUCUAGAAUAAUCACAUUUCAGAGGAUUUUUAUUUUUUUUUUUAUUUUUUUUAUGUUUGGCCAAAAAGAUGCAAAUACGAAAAAGAUUUUGUAUUUACAUCUUUUUCUUCUUUACUAGUAUUUCUAACUUCUUAAUAGGGCUAUAAAAUCUCAUAAUUUAAAAUGUUCGUGUUUUACCUGUAAAUUUUAUGCUUUUUUCCAUAAAGCACUUUGAAUUUUUGAGUGUGAAUAGUGUGCUUUUUAAAACGAACGACCCUUAUCUUAUAAAACUCGUGGAAAAUACAAUAAGAACAAGGAGUAAAACUGUAGGAUUUACAGACACGUGCACAGCGAGCUAUCCAGCUACUUUGUAUUAAGAGAUCAGCUGGAAAGGAGGAGGAGGAGACGACAAGAGGGACUCGAAGGUCAGCUUCACAUCUACUGAGAUGAUCUAGACUACAGACGGGGUGAACUUAUCAGGAGAGAUUUGGUUGGCGGGAUUUCACACCGUUUUUACUGCAAAAGUUUGGAAAAAAUAUAGGAGGCAGGAAAAAAAAACUCCCAAAACAGUUUGAGCUUUGUGUGUAUUUGUGGUGUCGGUAUCAUGACACAGAAGGUCAGCGGCUCGCCUUUCCUCAAGCCUUUCUUUCUGAGGGCGCCCGUCAGAGUCGUGAGCCCCCUGCAGCAGAGGCGGCACACGCUCCCCGCCAGCGAGUUCAGAAACCUCACACCACAGGACGCCAUCAGCGUGUUUGAAAUCGAACGAGAAGGCAAGUGUGGAUUUUUUAAUUUUUUUGUCCGAAAAUGUAUCAAAUUUGUCAUGUUUUAUCUUUUAUUCGGCAUGUUUUUCCACAUUAUUCUUCGGUUGAUGCUAUUUUCUUUGAAAUGCCUUCCAGCCUUUGUUUCUGUAUCUGGAGAGUGUCCACUCACUCUGGAUGAAGUGCUUAAUUUCCUGGGUCAGUGCCCCGAGCUGUCCCUGGGUUGGUUUGAAGAGGGACAGCUGGUGGCUUUCAUCAUCGGCUCCGGCUGGGACAAGGAAAGGCUUUCACAGAAGGCCAUGACUCAGCAUGUCCCAGACACUCCCACCGUGCACAUCCAUGUGCUGUCUGUGCACCGGCACUGUCGGCAGCAAGGGAAGGGCUCCAUCCUCUUGUGGCGCUACUUGCAGUACCUCCGCUGCAUGCCGGGCCUCCGUCGCGCUUUGCUGAUCUGCGAGGACUUCCUGGUGCCUUUUUACCUCAAGGCGGGCUUCAAGGAGAAGGGCCCGUCGGAAAUCUCAGUGUCCAACAUGCAGUUUCAAGAGAUGGAGUACACGCUGGGCGGGCAGGCAUAUGCAAGGCGGAACAGCGGCUGCUAAUCUGCUUCAGUUAUUCACCUGUGACACGGACACAAAAGAUAAACGGCAGACGCCGCACGUUCUGUCAGA